CCUUGCGUCGCAGUCCCAUCCAGCCCAACCCAAAAAUUCCCAAUCCCUACUCCUCCGGUGGCUGCUCACCGCCGGCUCUUCCACGGAAGAAGCGCUCUCGCCGCCGGGGACCUCCUCCCGCGCGCCGCCAGCGUUGCGGGGAAGCAUCUCCGCCCCCACCCCACCGCGGUGUCACCCUCAUCGUCUCCCAGGAAACCCGCCUCGCCGCUGCCGAUGGUCGCCGCGCAGGAGCCGAGGGAGGAGUACCCGCCGGACCUCAGGAGCGGGCUCUUCAGCGCCGACGACUUCCGCACGUGCAGCCCCAAGCAACUGGACGACGAAGAUAGGAUCAGCGCUCUCACUGAUGAUAUCUUACUGUCCAUCUUGGGGAGGCUCAGCUCACUUGUGGCUACAAGGACAAGUGUGCUCUCUACACGGUGGAGGCAUCUGCCUUGGUUGCUGCCUGAGCUCAGCAUCGAUGUCCAGGAUUUCCUAUCCGCUCCGUGCGCUGACCCUGUUGAGGCAAAUGAUAUGGAACAAGCCAUGGCGUCUUUGACCAAGGCAACCAGGAGUUUGUUGGAUAAACAACAGAGAGGAUCCACUGUCUCAAGUUUGUGCCUUAACCUCUAUUUGAUCAACACUUAACUUUGUGAAGUUGGGCCACUGUUAGGUGAUGCAAUCGACAGUGGCUUGUUGAAAGAUUUGGAUCUCGGCAUUCUUGAUGAGACACGGAGUCUCGACCGUAGUGACGAAGAGAUGCAACAGCGAGCUCAAGACAUAGACGCGUCUACAUCUCCCUCAACACCACUUGGACCCAUGACAAGAGCUAGAGCAAAGGCUACAGACGAUAAGAUGAACUCGCUCCUCUCUGAACUUCCUCUCUCUACUCACGAGACUUGGCUACUACCUCAUAUGGACACUCUGUGUGUGAUCAGGUACCUGGAGGAAAGCCAUGAUACAUCUACAUCCAUCGGACAAGAAGGCAAGGCUACCAACCGCGAAGGUCAAGAAGAUCUACCGGAGAAAACUCCAGCCACCGGACGACCGGUCGGGACCGGACGUCCGGCGCCUGAAGCCCAGCUGCCAACACAGGCCCCAGCGAGCGGACGUCCGGCCCGGACCGGACGACCGGCCACACUCUCCAGCGAGCGGACGAUCGAAGUUUACCGGACGUCCGGCACCCUCCCAACAGAAUGGAUAUUAACGGAAGUAUGAAGAUACCAGACGACCGGCGCCUCCUUCACAGAACGCAUCUAGCGGACGUCUGACGACACCGGACGUCCGGACCCCCAUGAGCCACCGGACGACCGGUCCCCAGCGGACGUCCGGUACCUGUCUGCGCAUAGUUUCGGGCCGAAGCCCAUGUACCCCUUCACUUCGCCCUCUUUUGCACUAAGACUAUAAAUAGGCCUCUCCCACCUCCUCGCUAGGUUUAGCAUUGGUUUUAGCUCAUAUUUGUGUGAGAGCCUUACUCAUCCACUUAGAUACUUCUCCUCGGAGUUCACGGCCUCUUCGGAGAAGAUCCCCCAAGCGGAUUCAAGACCCCUUUCUAGGGAAGAUCAUCAAGACCUCCGUACGGAGAAGAACGGUUCCUUUGUAUCCUUACCUUUGUUGACUU